GUGGAGAGGGCCCCUAGUGCGCUGCCGGGCUAAUCCUGUACACCCCGGACUAGCAGCCUUACCAUACCCUAUGUAUACCCUAGAGCCUGGGUCUGUGCCUUAAGACUGGAUCUUUCUCACCCAUCUGCUGGACCUCCCGCUUCGAACGCACUGGCCUACUCUCUCGCAUGAUAUACAACCCUCGUGUGCGUCGGUUCACGACCAUUUCAAGACCGCCACAGCUCCCUUGUUGACCACACUCCCGCCCUUCUGUCCACCACCGCCGCGCUCCCCAAGGAUGACUUUCUUCUCUACUGAAGCAGAGCUAGCCCUCAUGGCUCCUGACGACGGCAUGGCUCAUCUCUACCCUCCCUCGAGUACAUGCCACUCGCCUCCAGGCAUCAUGUACUCUCCUCCGCUGCAACACAUGACACACCGGCCACCAACCACCAUGGCUGCCAACGGCGGCAUGUACACGCCACCCCACGACUUCAGGCCCAUGAUGGACUCGCCCUAUCCUCCCCACACCUUCUGGUCAUCGCAGCCGCAGUCGGUCCCGAUGGCUCAAGUCUCGUCGUACGCCUACCCGCCGUACACUGACAUGUCAUCGCCCCCCAUUCUUUCCCAUGACUCCACGCUCCUCUCACAAUACCCCGGCGCCACUCGACCGUCAAGAUCGCACUCGACAUCGUCGUCGGUGGGCCAUGGCAUGGCAUCCAGCGUGCCCUCGGAGGCAUCGCCACCUGCGCUGUCGCGGUCUCUUUCGCCCUCAUCGCCCGACCUGCGGGCCUAUGGCAUCCCCAACAAGAACGGCACAUGGAGUUGUGCGUACCCAGGAUGCACGUCAAGAGCAGUCUUUACGCGGGGAUGUGAUCUUCGAAAGCACCACAAACGACACACCAAAUCCUUCUUCUGUCGCCACAACGACUGCCCACAGUCGCAGGGUGGGGGCUUCUCGAGCAAGAAGGAUCUUGCCCGACACGAGGCCAAGCACAACCCAGGCGUCUUGUGUGAUUGGGAUGGGUGCGACAGAGUUUUCAGCCGCGUGGACAAUAUGAGAGACCACGUUAAGAGGAUACAUCUCAAGGCUUCGCGCAAGUCGUCGACGACAUCAACAUGAUGGCAGUGGGCCGAGUACCCUGUCAGCUUUCACUUUCGUUCAAGAUACCCUGAUUUUUACAUCGGUCGCUAUUACUAUGAUUCAUUUUUUUUCUCUUAUUAAGUAUUGUCGAGGGCUGUAGCGCCUUUCGCCAAUUGCAUUGCUAUGGCGUUUCACCAAACUAGAGCAUGUUGCCUAGAGUUGUUUGGACUACCCCAAGGAGGGAUGCAUCACGGACAUGAGAAGCUUGUUGGGAUAUUGGAUGUGUAUAAGGUGCAUAUGGCGCGCUACUGGCUAGACUAGCUUGGCACAAGCGACGUUUGGUGACGGGCGGGCUUUUUUUUUCAAUCACACGUUGUUGCAA